AUGAGCUCAGCUGUCAUAGAAAGGAAGAUUAGGCAGGUUUACGACCUCCUUGACAACAAACAAUUUAAAAAAGCUUUGAAGCUCGUCAAUUCACACAUCCAAAAAACUCCUCAUCCCAUGCUUCAAGCAGUAAAAGCCUUAGUUCUUCAAAGAUCAGGUGAAGAUGAGGAAAGUCUUCAAAUAUUGGAAGAAUUAGCUGCAGAAAAGCCUAAUGAUUUAUCAUUACUCGACAUCAUGUGCUUGACUUAUAAAUGUCUUGGCAGGAGUGACAGGAGUGCUUACUUGUAUAGCGAAAUGUUCAAUACACAGCCAAGAAAAGAAGUAGGAGCACUUUUAUUCAAUGCUUAUGCAUCGGCCUUUAACUUUCCUCAGCAGCAAGCCGUAGCUUUGAAGCUUUUCAAGCUUUUUGGGGACGUUUAUUAUGGACUAAUCGCCGUCACAAGUAUGUGCAUUCAGGCCUAUUUGGAUCCUGCCCAGAAAAAACUAUUAGAUAUCGCUACGUUAUUUUUUCAAAAAGUCAGAACGAACCCAGAAUUCAUUAUGGGUCCUCCCAUGCUCAAAUUAGAGCUAUUUAUGGAAGAAUUAAAAGGUGGAGGGAAAUCAUUACAAUUACUUGAUGAAUUUUCUGCUUUUCUUGACCCCGGAGAAAGGCUGAUGAGAAAGGCUAAGAUCCUCGCUGAAAGUGAUAAAUUCGCAGCCAUUGACUGCUAUCAUGAGCUGCUGAAGCUAAACUUGAAUGAAGGGACAGCUUUAAUGAACUGGGAAAGCUAUAGAACUUUCUCUUCAAUAGCGCGAUAAGGCGCAUUCCUAGGUUUUACCGGAGGGUCUUGGACAUAUGAAAACGUGCUAUUCCUUAUUCAUGGGGGAGACAAACAACCUAAAUAAAGAAUUGUGCCUGAUUAAUCUCGAGAACUUGAAGAGAGGCUGUGUGGAAAAUUUACAUUUUGGUUCGUCAAAUGGAUCUGACGAGCCAAUUCUGGCCAGUACUUGAAAUAAAAAAUGAUAAUUGCCAGAAUUUUAUUAAUUUUCUGAUGAAGAGUAUGAUCAGAAUUUUAAUAAUUCCUUUUGACAAUAAAAUUCAAAAUCAAACUUUUAAUAGAAAAUUUGAAGAGAUAAUCAAAUCGUUAAAAUAACGUAAUAAAUACUCUUUACUGCCUUAGGGAGACGAUGCCAGUAAUGAUUUUUAAACUUUGACUUUUUUCAUAGUGACUUAACCAUCUUAAUAAUUUUUUAAAAAUCCAAACUUUUAAUAGAAGAUUUAAAGAGAUAAUUAAAGCAUAAAAUAAAGGAAAUGAGUACUCUUUACUGCCUUAGGGAGACGAUGCCAGUAAUGAUUUUUAAAUUUUGACUUUUGUCAUAGUAACUUAACCAUCUUAAUAAUUUUUUAAUUUUUUAAAAAUCCAAACUUUUAAUAGAAGAUUUAAAGAGAUAAUUAAAGCAUAAAGUAAAGGUAAUGAGUACUCUUAACUGCCUUAGGGAGACGAUGCCAGUAAUGAUUUUUAAAUUUUGACUUUUUUCAUAUUGACUUAGCCAUCUUAAUAAUUUUUUAAAAAUCCAAACAUUUAAUAGAAGAUUUAAAGAGAUAAUUUAAAAGCAUAAAGUAAAGGUAAUGAGUACUCUUAACUGCCUUAGGGAGACGGUGCCAGUAAUGCUUUUUAUAAUUUGAAUUUUUCAUAUUGACUUAACCAUCUUAAUAAUUUUUUAAUUUUUUAGAAAUCCAAACUUUUAAUAGAAGAUUUAAAGAGAUAAUUAAAGCAUAAAGUAAAGGUAAUGAGUACUCUUUACUGCCUUAGGGAGACGAUGCCAGCAAUGAUUUUUUAAAUUUUGUCUUUUUUUUCAUAUCGACUUAACCAUCUUAAUAAUUUUUUAAUUUUUUAAAAAUCCAAACUUUUAAUAGAAGAUUUAAAGAGAUAAUUAAAGCAUAAAGUAAAGGUAAUGAGUACUCUUAACUGCCUUAGGGAGACGAUGCCAGUAAUGAUUUUUAAAUUUUGACUUUUGUCAUAGUAACUUAACCAUCUUAAUAAUUUUUUAAUUUUUUUAAAAAUUCAAACUUUUAAUAGAAGAUUUAAAGAGAUAAUUAAAGCAUAAAGUAAAGGUAAUGAGUACUCUUUACUGCCUUAGGGAGACGAUGCCAGUAAUGAUUUUUAAAUUUUGACUUUUGUCAUAGUAACUUUAACCAUCUUAAUAAAUUUUUAAUUUUUUAAAAAUUCAAACUUUUAAUAGAAGAUUUAAAGAGAUAAUUAAAGCAUAAAGUAAAGGUAAUGAAUACUCUUUACUGCCUUAGGGAGACGAUGCCAGUAAUGUUUUUCUAAUUUGAAAUUUUUCAUAGUGACUUAAUUAAUUACUUGAUCCUGUGCCAUUUAUUAAAAUUCUGAUCAUGCUCUUCAUCAGAAAAUUAAUAAAAUUCUGGCAACUAUCAUUUUUUAUUUCAAGUACUGGCCAGAAUUGGCUCGUCAGAUCCAUUUGACGAACCAAAAUGUAAAUUUUCCACACAGCCUCUCUUCAAGUUCUCGAGAUUAAUCAGGCACAAUUCUUUAUUUAGGCUGUUUUGUCUCUCCAUGAAUAAGGAAUAGCACGUUUUCAUAUGUCCAAGACCCUCCGGUAAAACCUAGGAAUGCGCCUUAUCGCGCUAUUGAAGAAAAAGUUCUAUAUAUAAAAUAUAUUAACUUUGUGGUAGAGUUGGCUGGAGAAUUAUCGGUUGAAGCAGCAGAUUUGGAAAUUGAAAGGCCUGCAGAACUUUUUAGCUCAAUGAGAGAGCUGAGUAAAGAAAUGAUAAUUAAAACUUGUUAUGCAAACUUAAAAUACACAAGAAAAGAAAUCAAUGGAACCUCAAGCAUUGUUAGGAAUGUAAAAAGAACGUCAAGGCUUGCUGAGCUUCAAAUGAUUAAGGUCCUUUUAGAAAAAAGAAUCCUUGAAGAAAAUAAUAAGAAGCAGCUGCUAUUUCCAAGGCUACACAAAUAUAUAAGGAAAUUCAACGAUAUUCCUUCCACUAUUGAAGAUAUUAAGCUAUUUUUAGAAAUAUUGCCUAUAGACUGAUAUGAGGAGCUGCUCAAUUUGAUUUUACCUUUAAACCAUGAAGCUAUAGAAAACGUAAACCAAUUACGCUCAAUAGCCACAUAUUGGAAGUUGAAAUACAGGCUCAAUCUAUGCACUCAACAAAAUCUUCCAGAACUUAUUAGAAUUUACAAAACAUCCUUGAGCAUUGAAUCAGAUCCUAAAAAAGGCGAGCAUCGGAUUAUAGAUCCACUAGUAAUAAUUAUCUCCAGAAUUCUUCAGCAGGCAGACACUUCUUUGGUAUCAAGCAUCGCUAUUUUGGAGUUUGGAUUAUCUAAAAGUCCAUUCAACUACUUUUUUAAGCUUGAAUUAAUAGACCUUUAUAAAAAGGUUGGAGCUGCCAAGUCAAUUGUUAACACUUACAAUACUUUAGAUAUAAAAUCAGUUCAGCAUGAGUCAUUAGGCCACUUAGCAUUUGAAGAAAUGAACGAUUGGAAAUUUUUUUCAAAUGAGUUUAGCGAGGAGUGUGUAAGCAUGCUAAAUUUCCAUAGAUACUCAAUGAUCGAUAUUGCGGAGUCCACCCAGCAGGCAUAUAGAAAUCACACAAUCGAACAGAUCGUUGAUUUUUACAGUUUCAGAAACAGAAUAACAAAUUCUCUCUAUUUCCAGCUUAUUAAAUUAACAAAUCUCAUUUUGAAAAUACAAAGUAGCAUCAAUGAUCCUUGGAAUACGCUCAAAAGUGGGGUCGGAAUAUUUGACGCAUUUCUUGAAAGAGGCAAUCUUAUAGACAAUUCUGAUACAAAAGUGCUCAGCGAAUACAAAAUCUUGCACAGUAUCGAAGAAAAAGGACAGCUUUUUGGCAGAUGAUCUAAUUUUGACUAUGUUGAAAUUGAGCAAAUGAUAUUAAAGUUUGCUUAUAAGUUUCAAAAUAAUGAAGGAGCUAGUGCAGAUGAAGAAUUGCUUAAGCUGAAGUCUAAAGUAGAAUCUCUAGCUCAAAGCCCCAUUCUCAAUGAGGGUUAUACUUUUCUUUAUUUAUUGUCUGAAGCUGUUUCAAACAUCAAAGCAGGCUUUGAUCCGUUGAAGGAAAGCAUCAGCAAGCUGAUGGAAUUCGUUAAUCGAUUUAAAUCAGAAGGGUUUUUAAAUUUUUCUUCACCAGAAGAGCUUAAAAAAACAGCCUUUAUUAUUGCUACUGUGGGAUUCUUUUCAAUUCUUCUUUUAAAAUUAGGAAAUUUAAGCUUGCCUAACAGUCCAGCAAAGAAAAAGAAAGGAAAAUCAGAACCCCCUGCAAAUGAUCUAAAACUAAUUUUUAUGGAAUUCGUAAAUGAAUUUGUGCAAAUGAUUUCAGAUAUCAAGCGAAAUAUUAGUGAAUUUUUAAUUAAUGAAGAGGCAGAAAAAUCUCAAAAUGAGACAGAAAUCAAAAAUAAUUUGAUUGAUGAAAUUGAAGGAAUUUCUGUCUCAAGCACUUUUAUGAAGAUAAAGGUAGAAAAAGCUGAAAUCGUUAGGGCAAUUAUAAAUGAAGCAGAAAAAGUAAUCAUCACUAUUACCAAUAGUUUUAAAUAG